UCAUCAUUAUUUUUAGAACUAAGCUUGUAUGAGCUUCAUCGCACACCUCAAGAGGCCAUCACUGAUGGAACAGAGAUUUCCAUAUCACCUCGCAGUCUCCACAGUGAACUUAUGUGCCCAAUUUGCUUAGACAUGCUGAAGAACACAAUGACAACCAAAGAGGUGGGUGUGCAAGUUUGUUCAAGUGUAUGUUACAUGCACUCUUAUAUUAAAAUAGAUCAGUUUUCUCUUAUGUUUUUUUGCACUGGGACUGCACAUGUACAUACAUGUUCAUUGCAUAUGUUUUUUUGAAUGUCAUAGUGUUUACACAGAUUCUGUCAGGAGUGCAUAAUAACAGCAUUGAGGAGUGGGUACGUAUAUGAAGUCAUGUCUUCCUAGACUAAGACAGUGUAGUUUCUUUCUUCCCCUCACUGUCUGUCAUUCCCUGUACAUGUACAUAUACAAACAUGUACAUAGUUCCUUUUCCUAGUUUUAGCUUAAAGUUGCGUGCAAUAUAUAGGAGAAGAUGUAACAAUGCAGCAUAAUACCAACAGCAGAUUUUUAAAAUACUGGUGUAUUAGGAGAUAAUGGAACUUCAACAUGUAACCACAACACACCGAAAUUGUCCCGGUUAAAGCUGUAUAGUUAAAACCUCUCAUAAACUGGUAACCAUCUCUUGAAAGCAACCGUGAUCACUUAUUGGGGCAACACGUUUAUGGUAAGCAACCUCUUGACACGUGUAUGCACUUCACCUAGGUACUCAGGGUAUGCAGAGACCUUUUAGUGAGAACAGUCAUGUAAAUGCAAUGCAAGUUCUAUAAUGAACUAAAAGCACACAUCAGUUAAUGGAGUAGAGGGUAAAUAAAUCAUGUUCAUGUUACAGGUCAAAUUUGAUUUCAGGUUAAAUUAUUUGAACCUAGGUUGAUUCUCAAUUUCCUUGGUCUCUUAGAGCUACUAGGAGGCAAAGGAAUUGAGAAUCGACCUACAAUAGUUCAAAUCAAAUUUGACCUGUAAUGUACAUACUAAAUUGAACAUGGCAGGGCUGUCAAAAAGUAGGAGACUGAUGAUGAAUAGCAGGUGGCUUUUAAACUCACACUAAAAGCACAAGUUCUUGAGGGCCAGGCAUCUAGGAACAUAUUCAAAUUUUAGAGUCUUGGAAAUGGCGUUUCCGGGGUGUUUUCCACUGUGGACGCCAUGUUGUUUUGUCAGAAUACACUCAAGACUGAGAACAGUGCCGUGGACAUGUCCCAGGCAUUCCAAGACAUCGCACUGGUGUAAAUUCACACAUUUAAAAAAAAGAAUAUGCAUUCAAUGCCAUUCAAAACUGGGAAAUGAAUACCUUGCAAUUUUAUUCAAUGGUGCUUAUUUUUUGUUAGCAGCUAUGAUAGAAGGAGAUGAAAGUAGCCAGCUAAAGAUGGCUAACUAGCUGGCGGUUUUGGCCAGCUGCAGGCGCUUAUUGACAGCCCUGUAUGGACACAAAACCUAAAUCAACAGAAAGGACUAAAACAUUAGAGUAACAAACAGAUAGGCAUAUGGCAGCAUGGUUCUCAACAUUGAUUACUGUUUGCUGUGUUUCUUGAGGAUAAAACCAUGUUGUUUGAUAAAUUUAUCAACAGAAUGAGAAGUAGAGCAGAUUUUAAACAUUUUUGAGGCUUUGUUGAUUCAUUUAUGAGAUCCAUAUGUUUCUGUAACUUGCAUUCACAGAAACAAGGAAUGUCCAACAUGUAGGAAAAAGCUGAUUUCAAAACGGUCCUUACGUCCUGAUCCCAAUUUUGAUGCCCUCAUAGCGAAAGUAAGAGAUUUCAAUUUAACUUUUUUAAAAAUAUUUUGUGAACUGUACCAUUUCUAGUAACUGUUGCUGUAUUGUUUAAAUUAUUGUCAAGCCAUUGAUUCCUUUCAAGAGUUAUUUUAAACAAUGCACACACUGUAAAAAGUCGGAUUAACAGUUAAGUGAUUUGUGUACAAAAUUAUGUGCUUUCCGAUCUCUCGAUCCCUUUGUUUUUCGUUUUUCCUUAGAUGUAAAGUAAUUAAAAUAAAACUAUAAUGAUAGAAAUAAGAAUUAUUGUAACUUAAAAUAUUUUCCUUCCUUUCCUUUCCUUUCACUUUAUUUUUCUUUUAACUGGGCAGCCUAGAUUGGCAAUUGUUAUUUUGUGGGCCAGUCUAUUGUAAUUACUAUUUUUAUUAAAUAAAGUUGAAGUUGUAAUUUUAUGUUAUUUAAAGAAUAUAUACACUGUACCUGUUUUUAUGUAUGUGGUGUAAAGGUUUCUUACUCCCAUAACGUGAUGAUCAUUUACAACAUUUUUUUUAGAUUUACCCAGACAGAGACGAAUAUGAAGCACAUCAGGUUAGGAAACUCUAGAAAAUCUAAAUACAUGUAGAUACUAACAACGGAAAAAUAGUUAAAAAAGAAAAAGAAAGAAAAAUUACUGAUCCAAAGUAAGCAAUUUACCAUCUUCUCACAUAAAGUGCGAAUUGCCUUGUGGGCUAUGCAAUUUUAGUCAAUGCAUAAUGCAAUUCAAACAUGUAGUGCAGGACACAAUUCUCAUUGUCAGUGACAAGACUGUAAGUAUCAUGGAUAAAAUUCUUGCAUAAUUUCGGUAAAAUCCAGUGUAAAGCUUAGCAAAUGCAAACAAUUUUAACCACUGCAACCUGUAGACUGUUGAGUAUCAUUAAUUUGUAUUGUACAGAAUCAAUAUGGGGGUGUUAAUGCAUAACACUGCACUACCUUGAAAACUACCCUUUGCAAAAAACAUUACAGGAAAAUAGGAACAUAUCUAAUGGCUAGUUCUUCAAGGAAUUCCACUAGCUACCUUUAGCAUGAUCCCCAACUAUUUUUGCUGGAAAGAAAAGCAAAAAAUAGGGUACAUAAAAAUCUUCAUGGAUGUUCAGUUCUGCACUUACCGGUACUUAUAAUAAUUAUUGCAAAACUCCAGCAAGUUGAAAUCUUAAUGACAGCCCCAGGGAAGAUCCUAUGCUAAGUGAUUUAAUUUCCUGAACAACACAGCAACUUUCACCAUUAGCUGUCAUCAGUUAUGUUCAGGCUCAUUUGUACAUUGUACAAAUUAAGUUGAGGAAUACCAGAUUUCAGUUUUGUAAUAAGGCUGUGCUCUAAGGAAAAUAAUAAUAUAAUAUAUUAUAAUAUAAUAUAUUAUUGAAGGGAGCUCAGUGCUCUGAAACUGUAAAAUCUAGGGUGCCCAGCAUAUGAUUUGUAUGAAGAAUCUGAGAUUUUCUAGUCACCCAAGGGCAAAAGUUAGGUGCCAGGGGCCACCGGGCUCUACUAGAGCACAGCCCUGGUAAUGUUUGAGCAUUUUUAUAACUAAAGUUAUUUGUGGUACCUACAUGUACAAAAGUUCUUGAAACUAAAAAUGUCUUAAAACUGAAUUGGAACUCUUGACUUCAUGUGAAUGCUAAUCAAUUUUACUCACCUGUUUACAGGAAAAGGUUUUACAGAGGUUAAACAAGCAUCACAAUCAACAGGCAUUAACAAGUAGCAUUGAAGAAGGGCUUAAACUUCAGGCAAUUAACAGAGCUCAGAGGGUGGUAAGUUAUGUUAACUUUGUAAAUUAUGACUCAUACACUGUACAAGUAGCUGCAGUACUCUUACACUGUAAGUUAAAAGUCUAGUGUAUUACUUUUCUUUCUCAGGGAACACGACUGAAAUCCCAAACCUCCUGUGGUAGAAAAACAAAUCAGUUUUUCAUAGCAUUUGAAUUGGUGAUAAAAUAAUUGUGUGCACUCCUAACUGCUCUCACAACUUUGGUCAGAGCAAAAAUUUAUUCUCUAAUCAUGUCAACUGUGGAACUGAUACAGACCAUGGAUUUUUUUGGACCUCAGCACUCUACAUGCACACAACAGCAAUAAACUGCUUAAAAGCUUUUUGCUGAUUUGGCAGAGAUGCAUCUUAUGUUCCCUUCAGCUGAGUCGUCUUAAUGCCUUCCUUGUUGCUAAUUAUUUUAUUUCAGAGGAAGAGGUCAUCAGAUGACCCAGGUAAUGAUGCAGGUACAGGUAUGGUAAAUUUUCACAUCCGGGUAAAAAUUAGUUAACACAACUGAUAGAACUGUGAAGCAAAACCUGCCCAGCGGUUAGAGCUUAAGGUGGCUCAACACAGUUUGAUAGGUUGUGGAUGGUUUCCUUUCAUGGGGUUUGGUGUUGUUUAAGACUUGUUGCAGGAAUAAAGCUCAAAUUUGGCACAGACAAUAAUAUUAUUAUUUAUAAGACACUGAAUUUAUCGGGUUAAAAUGUAAGAUUUGAUGGUUGUCAUUACAAUGUAGUCGAUUGAAAACAAGCACAAAAUUUUGAAUAAAUCAGGUUGACCCAAAUCCAGUCAUUAUUUCCUAAUGAAUUUGCACACUGAGAAAUCGUGUACAACAACCUUAUUUUAUUUUACUUCUUUUUUUGUUUGAGAAGCCUAAAAAUGUGUGAACCACAUAGUUAUUGUUUCUGAGACAUAACAAUGGAUACAAAAUUUGACAAAGAUAUUGUUUUGGUUAGAAAAGGGUAUUUGGUUGUUUUAUCUUCUCAUUUAAAGUGGUUAUAGAGUUGCUGUAGUUUUUGUACAGAUGUUGAAAUAAUACAUCACAGCUGUGGUACACAUACAUAAUUGAGUGUAAAGAGUUUGUUGGAAGUAUCAGCUUUGCUAUUUACAGUGUUUCUGUCAUGUUUUUCCCUGGUUUUAAUUUAUGUUCAUUGUAUGUCGUGUUCACUUUUGUUACGCAAAAGACUGUUUUUCCUAUUUAGCAGGAACAGGGGGACCAGGAACACCAGGUUCCACAGGGCAGCCAUCUGUAGGAGAGGGAGGCAGCAAUACUGUGCGAAAAAGACAGAAAACGUCCUCUGAUCCUGAGUCUGAUGCCAGUGAAAGUGAGUUUUUGAACAAUGGUAACCAGAAAGUCAUAGGCUCAACUUCUUUUGGGAGUACAGUUGAACCUCUGCUUGAAAACACUCUCAAGAGAAAGUGUAACAGAAUUAUUCAAAAUAGCCACCCAGCUAUCGUAGUUGAAUUUGAAGGAUGCUGGUACACAGAACAUAAAUUAUCAAGGGUAAUAAUUUUCAGAUAGCUAAGGUGAAAAUUAUUUUGGCUAUUUGCUAUGGCAACCAAAACAUCCAGAGCAUUGAACUCUGAACAAUACUGAAAGUUUCCUUCCAUUGUUGCAGUAAAAAUAUGCAGUUUUAAAGGUGUUCUUUACCAUUAUUUUAACAGACACUUUGGACUCCACUGGAGAAGCAGCAGCAGAAACAUCGGAGCCUCAAAAUGUGAGUACAGAAAGGGCUGCUGCACAUGCUGCACAUGGCAAGCUGUAGCUAUACUGAGUAGUAAUGUUGAUGCUUACCAAUGCCUAUUAAGUUCUGUGAAACUUAAUUUGACCAGAUACAUGUUGGGAAAUGCAUGACUGUUACUUAUCUAGCAAUGUUUUGUUUAUGUUGUUGAUUAUCUUAACCAAUAAAUACAUUACUUUUAUCAAUGAAAAAUAGUGAAACUUAGAGUUAGAGAAGUGUCAAAUUAUCGUGGGUGAGCAAUCAAAUUGUUAGAACUAGACGUUCCAAGUGACUGUCAAUUUCUGACUGAUUGACUUGAUGAAUGACUAACUCACAGGCUGACUGACUGAUUGACUUACUGACUGAGUAUGGUCACUGACUGACUGGCUGACUGAAUGAAUAACUGACUGACAGUUUGACUAAAAAACUGACUGGCUAACUGAAUGACUCAUUGCUUGUCUACUGACAUUCGACUGAAUGGCUGGCUGACUGACUGACUGACUGACAAGCAAGUCGACUCUUGCCCAUGUAAUGGCUGACUGGCUGAGUGUCAUUUGUUGCUGUAGUUUGACCAUAAAAAAACAAAAGAAAAAGACAAAAACUGUGUUCUUUGAAUGGUAGAGUUAUGUUGUGUCAUUGUUGACAUGAUCUUGAUUCAAAUGUGUUCUUAUCAAGCUCUGGUAUGAUCAGUGCAUUAAUCACUGCUUUUAUCAACAGGAAAUCGAACUUGUUUUUAAACCACACCCUAAAGAUCACGAUCCAGAGACGGUGGCUCAACAAACUCGUUACAUCAAGACAACAGCAAAUGCUUCAGGUGUGCUAGCUGUAUACUUCACAGUAAAAUGCUUUUAACAGUCUUGGAAAAUGAUACAGUACUAUAGGUUCAGUUUACUAGCUUUAUUUUUACCUUUACUUUAUUUAUUUAUAUAUUGAUUUAUCUUUAUACUUUUUUUUUUUUUUGUAGUUGAUCAUCUGGCCAAAUACUUGGCCAUGAGACUUGCACUAGAGUCUCAAGAAGAUACAGGUCAGUGAAAUCUGUGGAACUCAUUUAUUUGCAUGUUCAGAUGUACAUGUCUCUUAACACCGGGAAUAGCCCGUUGUGUUGUUGAAUAAUGAAUUGUACUAUUUCCUGAAAACUGUCUAAACAGCUCAAGAAAAAAGAUAAGGAACACGGUGAAAAUAAAGUUAAAGAAGAAGCAGUUUCUUGUCGAUUUAAAUUUUCAGUUAUCAAGUAUGAGUUUGUGUGUGUUGCUGUUCAGAUGUUUAGGUCGAUAGUAAUAAUUGUUGGUUGACAAAAAAAUAAGGUUUUUUUCCUUUUUGGCAGAAGAUGCAUGAAAAAAAAAAAUAGUUCCCGGUGUGGGGAAACGCCUCUUUUGUUCUUGUCAACCAACAUGACCGCCAUAAAGUCAGCUGCAAAUCAGCAAUUCCAUAUUCCAUUGAUAGUUUUGAAGCUUUUUUUUUUCAAAAUUUCUAGGCGCCAGUUCAUCAGAGGAUGGAGUGGAAGUGCCACAGUUUACAAUAUACAUUGCUAGCACACCUGGGCAGUAUACGGUAAGUAUUACAGGGACAGGUUCACGGUUAAGCGCAUGUUUAUUAAUUAAAUUACUUUCUUCCAAUUUAUUAUUUAUUCUAUCGGUUAAUAAUCCCACUCACAUGUAUCUCAGCGAUCUCAGAGUGCAUUUCAAAGUAGAAGUGUAUUUCAGAGAAACCUAUAGUAGGAUGGGGGAGUACUAAAAUCGCAGAAAAAAUUAGUGGAUUAUGCCAACACUACGAACGUUGAAUUUAUUGUUGACCCGAAGGUUUUAUUCCAUGGUUGAUUAAUUUACAGCUAUUUGCAAAUAUUUAAGUUGAUAAAGUGCAAGUGACUGCCAGGGGAGGGUGCAGAUUGGUUCUUUGAGAACAUUAUUACAUGAUCAUAUUGCUUGCAUAGACGAUACAGCAUGUCCCAGCAGAAAAACAGCAUUUUGAUAAAUGAGCAUGCGCUGAACCGUGAACCUGUCCCUUUAAAGGUAUUCAAAUCAAAAUGCAUUGUUUAUAGUAGAACUAAACUUGGCAUUCCACUUAACGAAUUGAACUCAGAAGUGUCUAGAAACGAUUCCAAACUCUUACCCAUGCCAUUUGGGUUUUACUUGCCUGGGGUCAACCAAUUGCUUGUCUUAAGCCUCGUGUUUGGUGAAACCAGGUUUAAAAAUAUUAUUGCCAAUAAGUGGAAAGAAAAUUUAAGGAGUGGAUUUUCCAAGGGUUCAAGUAAAUUUGGGCUUACUCGGCUUCCAUUUGCGCCAAAUUUGUUUUUGAAAAAAACUGAUUGGGCAGCGUUUAUGAAAGAAAAAAACCUUGAAACUUUGGUGUGACGGAGGCGUUAGUUAAUGACUUAGUUGGAAGAGGGCUUGUCUAGACCCUUACCCUUUAGACAAGUGAGCUUUUUAAAAAAUGUUACUUGUCCAGCAGGAAAAGACUACCGAACUGGACUUGCCCCAUAUUUUUUAACUCUCACCGUCAUAAAUUGAAUCCCUUAACCAUUUUUUUUCUUUUUCUUUCAGCCACUUCCUGGUUCAAUGACGCUGGAUUACGUCAACGAGAAGGUAAUAACCUAUUCGUAGAAGUGAAUUUUUCCACAAAUUAUACAGAACUCUUCAUGCAUAUCUAACAAAUUACAACACCUUUUUUUUUUAGUACUGGAAAGUAAACAAGCCAUUGGAGAUGUAUUAUGCGCUCAGUAAACCACCGCAGAAUUCUUGACAACUGUCCCAUUUUCCAACUCUGUAUAAAUCUCUAGACACCAAAAGGAUUUGUAAGGAAGAAAAGGCGCUCUUAUUUAAACAGUUAAAAACGAAAAGAAACCUUGGCAAUCAUCGCUGUCCAUAUAGUCUGUGUCUUUUUAUAGGAGUAACACGGACUGCAAGAAUAAUGGAAAAUCUCGGAGCUUGAUGUAAGGGAGAUAUAAGUAAUGAUUUUAACUUUGUGUUUUAAGCCUUUCUAUUUUGACCUCAGGUCCAAAGGUCGUGUAAAAGGUAUGAAUCGUACGGCAGUUUUUCAUGUUUCGACAAACAGCCAAAAAAAACUAUUUAAGAACAAACAAACCUUGGCCUUCGCACUUGUCCUCUGCCCUCAAGAUGUUACUUUGAAGAUGAAAGCGAUCCCUAUAUUAUUAUUUUUAUUUUUGUGAAACGUAUCAUUUUUUCGCUCCAUGUAAGGGAAUCCAAGUCAGUCUUGGAUUCUGGAUUCCACGCCAUAGAUUCCAGAUUCCGGGUCCUAGAUUUCGGAUUCUUUGUCAGUGGAACUUGGAUUCAGGAUUCCAAUCGUUAGUGAGAUUUCGGAUUCAUUGAGCUGUAUUCCGGAUUCUUAAGCCCAGGUUUGCGCAUUCCACAAGAAAAAUAUCCCGGAUUCCGGAUUCCGGAUUCCCUUACAGGGGGUGAAUUCUUCGAGCGUUAAACGUUCAUUCACGUGACUGCACUGUGAAACAACAGAUCUAUGUCAGUCCCACACAUAAAAGCGCGUAGACCACUUGUUCCCCUUUUUAAUGAGCUCCCAGCAUUUCUCAUUCUUAUUUGGAAGUCGUCUCUUCCAUGACAUGCUUUUGAAACAGCUUUAAUGUUAAUUUGUUACAUGUUAAACUGUACCUUUCCACUGCAAGCUUUGACUGAGGUUGUAAAUUACUGUGCUAUCAAUAAGUGUAGUCAAUCUGGCUUAGAUUGUUUCUUGUAAUGAGGUUACAGUAAUAGCUUUGAUGACAAUAAAGCCGUUUACAUUGUCGCUUCCGUGUGUUGAUCAUCUUAGGGGCUGUUUAAUAUGGAGGGAGGAAGGUCGUGAAGAAGGCGUAACAACUCAUCGUUGGGUUUACGUGCAGAAAUUUCGGUCCGUGUGGUGCCCAAGUAGAAAAGGAUUGACAAGGAAUUAUUAAAAAACAAAAAUGCAAUUUGUGCCCUUCUGCUCUGUUUAAUUGCAUUAAUACAUGUAACGUCUUUUCAGCACAAUUAUCAUAAUAACCAGCUCGUGCUAAUGCCAAACGAAAUGAUCGGCCUUUAUAGCCGUUAUUACCGACCCGCCGCCAUUUUUGUCUGGUUUGUCCUCAGAUCUUCCUACCGAAGACAGUUUGCAUCGUUCUAGGGUCUUCGUAAUUGUACUAGGAUCUUCCUAUACCUCUUAGCUAGGAAUUAUAGAAGAUCCUAGCGCUGGGUACAACUACAACCCUUUGCAUGUAAACCGAAUACAUGUACGGAAAACAUAUGACGCAAGGAUGGUCCACCUUCUAGGAUCUUUCUGGUGCUCGGGUCUUCUUCCCUCCCAAGGCAUGUAAACAGCCCUUUAGUCUUGAAAAAGCAAAGCGAGCUGCUCGGGUUUGCAUGAUGGAAAUCCCGAGGACUGGGUUUGGCCUUUCACGUGGAUACCAUGGCUGUAACUUCGUGAAAGGUACAUGUAUAGCUUUAAAUCACAGCCCUUUCAAGGGACUGUACACACUUGCUGGGUAUCCGAUAUGUGACUGUACACAUAGUAACUCCACUUAGGCACAAAAGUGAGCACCGACAAUUAAAGUCCCAACCUUCCACUUGGGCCACCAGCACCGCAGCACCGAGCCCGAAUUCUACAGCGGGUGUGAAAAAAGGGUGUGUUCACAUUAGUAAGCAGCGAAUACCAAUGUUGGGCACCACGUGUGAACUCCGCCCAAAUAUGCCUAAAACGCAACCCUUUCGCAAACUAUUGGUUCUUCUCAGCACAUAGCCAGUAGAACGAAUCAACUAAAAAUGGAACAACAUGUUUCGAUCGAUAUAAAUGUCCAAUCACUUUCCCAUGUUAUUUCUCGGUGAAAUUAAUGGGGGUGGAAAUGAGAAUUUUGAAUAUGGAAUCAGACCAAGACAAGUCCGCUUUUUUUCCUGUCGUAAAAUUUAUAUGCACUACGGAAUCCGACACAGACUCGUAUCCUUUAGGUAAAGAAACUUUCAUCAAAUGACCAGCGGACUCGGUGUCCAAAAUUUAAAUUUUAAGAUUUCAUAACAGUUUCAAAAUGUUGCCGCAAGUGAUACUUUGAGAUGAGCGUUAAUACCUGGGUGCCCUGUGGUAAGAACGAACCUGUUAAUUAUCAUCGCCGCCGUUAAGCAGACACGUUACGAAUGGUACUAAUCCAUUCUAGUGUAAACUUAGACCAAUGUCAUCUCGGGACUAGAAAAAUGCAAGUCUUUUUGGGCAACCAAAAUCAUGCAAGGCAAAUAAUUGAUGUAUAUGUCUUAAAACGUCCUUCAUUCAGCUAUGUUAAGGGGUGCGGCAGAGUAAUCCGCGCUCGAGAAGUUGGAGUCGAAAGCAACCAAAGGAGGCUUAAUUUCAAUUUUUAAUUAUAUAAAUAGAGUUGACGCAUAGAAUUUGCGUAGCUUGGCCCACUCUAUAACUAAGCAACAGCAACAUGUUAAAGUCACUAAUUUGCCGAAAUACCCUCCCAUGCUCAGAUGUUAAUUAUUAUUCUAAACAUAGUGCACGGUAAAACGUUUUAAUAAAAAUUUCAUAUAGCAAAAAGCAUUCCUCAUACGGCUGUAUCUGCGUUGCAUUUGAAUCUUUUUUUAAUUUUAAGUUUUCAUUUUUGGCUCUAGAAAUUUAUUAUCGCAAAUUGCACUCGAAAUCAUGCGAUUACCUAUAUUGUGAAAUUGAAUUUCCAUCGAUUAAUCACGUAAAUUACGUAUAAUAUUCUGUUAUCCAUGAAUUGUAAAUCCAACAUGGAUUCCCCGCGGGGUGGGAGGGCGGGUCGCUAAAUCUGAUCUAACAGCGGCGUCAGAGUAGAGUAGUUAGCCUCCUACGCAGACGUUUUAAGGGGUUCGUUACGCGUUCCUGCUUUCGUGGGGCAGGAACGCGUGACGAACCCCUUAGAACGUAUGCGUGGGAGGCUUUAGAGUAGUCUGCUACACAACUGUUUGUACUGUUGGGAGGAGUGUUGCGUGACGACACUAAAAACGGCUGUGUAGCAGACUAAGAGUACGUAGAGUGCAAGAGUUGGGCCCAACGAGGUCCUAUAUAUUCAUAAUUUACAUAUCCUCAGGGCAUUCUAUAAAUAUAUCAAAUAUAUGGUGCUAAUUAAAAAUUUUUUCGGUUCGCCAGUUUGUUUUUGCAACAGCAGGAAGUGACGUUAGCGCACGUGGUGUAGAACAUCAGUCUUUUCAUGCAUGUCCUUGCGCUGCUGAAAGACUGAAAACGCUGUGUAACUACUAAUUGUUUCUUAUUCUCAAGAUCUGGAUAACACGAUUUAGAUUUAUCUGCAACUAACUUAACUCGACACUGUGCAUGAGGAAAGCAUGUUUUGGUCUACUUUGGAGCUGCUGAGUAAUUAUCUCCCUGAGAUUGGCUUAACUGGUGUUUACACGGUCGCUAUAUUAACGAUUGUUGGCUUCUAUUCCGAUUGUCUACGGCAAAAGAGAAAAGAAAAAGAGUCCUACGAUGACCAAGAUCAGCUCGGUAGGCGACUGGGAGUCUUUGAAAGCGUGAUUGAUGAUUUGCAUAGCUAUGGGGGAAGUAUACGAACGAUUGUUCUUUUGCUGAAAUCGAGAGUUCCGCUUCAAGCGAGUGAGGUUCGUGAAGUUUUGGAACGUUUGCCAAGAAAACAUCCUAUUCUCCGUAUGCGAGUCAAAGAGAUCGAUAUCAAAGGAAGAGGGAGACCGCUGAAAUGUUUUGUCGAGAUGGAGGAACCUUGUACUUUAGACUUUUUUGUCAAAGGCCAUAAACCUGCUCGAAACUGGGAAUCUACGUUUGAAAAAGAACUUCAGAGUCCUUUCCAGGUUUCCACGGGCCCCCUGUGGAGAGUUAGAAUGCUCCGGGAAGAAUAUGACCCAAGGGAGGGGUCGUACAGUAAUACUCUGGUCUUCACAGUACAUCAUCUCAUUGCCGAUGAUACCUCUCUUCUCAAUCUUUCCAGGGAUUUCUUAGACUUCUUGAACACUAAGCACAAAAACAACUCCCAAGACUGGGAUGAAAAAUUGCUGUUAAAUACUCCACCCUUGAGGCCUUCUCUAACAGAGAUUAUUAAAGGCCAUCUAACUCUCUCACAGCUGGAAAAAGUAUUUCUUGCCGUCAAGUCAAUCUUGGCACGAAUGUUGAAAAGGAUCAUGGGUAAGCCAAGACAUCAGUUUACUGGAGUUUUUCCACCAACAAGUUGGCAAGAUCCAAGUAUAAUUAAGAAAACUUGCAUUCUGACAAAAGUUUUGCGCAAAGAAGCCAUUUCAAUGCUUGUGAGAAACUGCAAGGAGAACAGGUGCUCUGUUCACGGAGCUUUCAUUGCUGCAACAACCAUUGCCAUGGCAACCAUGUUGCAAAAUGGCAAGAUAAGAAUACCAACAACAAUUCCUGUGAGUUUUAGUGUCAAUGUCAGACAAGAAUGCAAGCCACUGGUGAUGGGGAAUGAGUUGGGUUGCUUCUCAUUAGAUUGUGACCUUAAGAUUCCUGUGCCUGCAAGCAAUAAAACAGAGGAACCCUUUUGGAACUUAGCCAAGAAAUGCACAGAAGAUUUACACCAAGCUGUUUCUAAAGGCAAUCAUCACUCUACGUUGAAGUCACUUUGCACAUUGAGCAUAGACUAUGCAAGGAAGAUGUACAAAAUCUCUAAGAACAAGAAAACAGCAGGGCGUUUGGAUACUUUGAUCAACAUAACCAAUUUAGGUUGCCACAAUUUUGGAGAUGAAAGUGGUAAAAAGUAUUUUGAGUGUAGCGGAGCAUAUUUUGCCAGUGCUGGGCAUAAUUUUGGUCCUGUGUUCGAAAGCAAUGUUGUCACCAUUAAUGAUGAACUGUUCUGGAGCAUUGUAUAUUAUAGCAAUGUGGUUUCACAAGACAUUGCUUCCCAAUUUACAGAUUUAGUUUUUGAAACUUUAAAUUUUUAUACCUAA